CAUAUAGUUGCCUUCCAAGCAAUGUCAUUAUCACAAGUGCAUUGCACAUGCUUGGUCAUGAUAGUCCAAAAAAGCAAAAGAUGGCUUUUCUUUUCUUAUUAGCUCCCUGCUGAAACAACAUUGCAGCGGCAAGCAUGCUAGGGCGGUACAUCUGCUAUUGUUGAAGCAAGGCUUGUAGCAUUAGGAAUUGUUGUUGUUGUUGCUAUCAUCCUCUCCGACGGUGCAGUCCUUGCAGAAACAACCUUGCAACUGCUCCAAAUGUUAGUCAAGAGGAGAGCUUCCUCCUAACUGCACCAAUCCGAGGAGAGACGCUGUGCUUGUCAUCAAAGAUCUUGAGCUAGCCAGCAAGAAGGACGUCUUCAUCAACACUCCGCAACAUUGAGCAGCACACAAUGCAACCACCCUCAGGAUGCAAGCAGACUCAUUGCCUUAGGACAGACAGACUUUGGGCUGAAAAUAGCCUCCUCUAGAAGAUCUGGACAACCCAACCUGAAACCUACAGCAGGCUUCAAAGUCAUCAUUGAGAAACUCCAAACUAUUGCCCAACAAGAAAUUCACCCUUCCUUUCUUUAAACAACUGCAGAUCCAACAUGCCUUCCCACACUCUUUUAAGUGCCGCCCCUCCUCCCCUAGGGACACCAAAAUAACCCAGAUCCAAACAAGGAAAGCAUUAGAACAAUAAAGUUGCUAUUCCACAAUCUCCCCAUAGUGGAGGUGCCAAAAUCCAUUUCUAAAUUACCCUCGAACUCUCAACCUGUAAAGGAAUGACGUGUACUUCUCUUUUUGCAAAAUGGACGUGAUGAUUUGUGGCUUGCAGCUGAGCCAAUUCUGAUGCAGAGAACCGUUGGCUGUAAGCUUGGCUACUUCAUGCGCUAAGGCAUUCCCUUCUCUAGGAGCCCAGCUAAAGGCGAGGUAGCCGCUAUUUUAGAGUUAGAGGCUGUGAGAAGGUUACCAACGUGGUCUCUGAAAACAGCUGCUGUUGCACCUCCAUGAAGCACUUCAAGGAACGCUGCAUCAACAUUACACUUAACCCAUCCUGGCGGAGGCGGUCUCCAGGGUCAGGCUAUUCUAUGAUGAUUACCAUGACUUCCAACACACAUAGUGGCCCGGUGCAACUGCAACCACUGGACACGACGGUCUCAUAAGCAACGAUUGAAGUAACAGGAAGCAAAGAACGACACAAGGGUAGGGUAGGGUAGGGUAGGUCAGAAAAACAUAUGUAAUUGGUUAUUGGUGUAUGUGGUGCAUGCAUCAUAGUAAUUAGUAACACAUGUUAUCUACACCUAUGGUAAAUUGGAUGGGGUCCAAAUGUUAAAGUCCACACAUGCUUUCUACAAGUAAAAUAAAAAUGAAGAGAGAGAAAAGUUUGCAGGCAUGUAUGUAAGCGUGUUAAUCAUGCAUUAUUUAUACUGCGAGUGAGAAGUGAGAACCCCACUAUGUGUCAGAAAUAUCAAUUCAUGCAACACUCUCUUCUCCAUAACUCCUCCGAAUGCCAUCACUUUUCUUCUUUCUCUUCCAAUGGAGCUGCAAUUGAAGAAAACCGCCCUUUCAAGAAGCUGGAUUUUGCUCGACAAGGAUGGCACAGGCACCAUACUGGAUGUGGACAAGUAUGCUAUCAUGCGCAUGGUUGAGAUUCACGCUAGGGACCUUCGAAUUCUCGACCCUCUCCUCUCAUAUCCUUCAGCCAUUCUCGGCAGAGAGAAAGUCAUUGUUCUCAAUUUAGAGCACAUAAAGGCGAUUAUCACUGCACAAGAGGUGCUUCUUAGGGAUCCAAUGGACGAUGAUAUUCUGCCGAUUGUUGAAGAAUUUCGAAGGCGGUUACCCAAAUCAACCGGGGAUGAAGAACCAUCUGCUCAAGACCGUGAAGGAGGUGGAGAAGGGCAAGAUAACGAAUUUCCGUUUGAGUUCCGAGCAUUGGAAGUUGCAUUGGAAGCAAUUUGCAGUUUCCUUGAUGCAAGAACAAUCGAGUUAGAGACUGCUGCUUAUCCAGCUUUGGAUGAACUCACAUCUCAGAUUAGCAGUCGUAAUUUGGAUAGAGUGCGGAAACUGAAGAGUGCAAUGACAAGGUUGACUAAUCGAGUUCAGAAGAUAAGAGAUGAACUAGAAAACCUACUUGAUGAUGAUGAUGACAUGGCUGAUCUUUACUUAUCAAAAAAGUUGGCUAAUUUAUCUUCUCCUGCAAGUAGUUUUGGUGCUCCAAACUGGCUUCUUAGCUCUCCAAAUCCAGAUUCAAAGAUUCACAGAUCAAGCAAAGCGAGUACAGCAACCUCAGUUCAAGUGGAGAAUGAUGUUGAGGAUCUUGAAAUGUUACUUGAGGCAUAUUUCACCCAAAUCGACGGCACAUUGAAUAAAUUGAACACAUUGCGUGAAUAUAUUGAUGACACAGAAGAUUAUAUCAACAUACAGCUUGACAGUCACAGAAAUCAACUGAUUCAGCUAGAGUUGUUCCUUAGCUCGGGGACUGUGUGUCUGUCCAUAUAUUCAUUGGUAGGAGCAAUAUUUGGUAUGAACAUUCCAUAUACAUGGAAAGAUGGUCACGGAUACAUGUUUAAAUGGGUGGUGAUGCUUGGGGGAAUGGUUAGUGCAUCUUUGUUUUUAAGCAUAGUAACUUAUGCCCGACGCAAAGGACUUGUGGGGUCUUGAAACGCAUAGAGAUUCGUUCAUGUUGGAAGCUGAAAUCCAUGCGUGCACCCAAACAAUUUUUUGUAUCAUGUCAUCCAAGUAAUUGUUCAAUCUUUUCUCUCUCUCAAAAGCUGCUAUCUAUCUAGCAAGUGGGGACUUAUUUUAUUUUAUUUUUUUGAUUGGAGCAAUUGACAAGUUGUAUAUGAUUGUUGAUGAAUUAGCAAUUAAAUUAGAUAAAGUGCAGUCCAAUAAUCUAAGAGUAUAUAUUUUACCUA